AUGGCGUUCCUCCACCCAAAACCACCGCUGCUCCGCCUCCUCCUGCUAACAUGCGCAUCUCUCCUCCACCUAACCUCACCAACACACUCUCUCAACACCUGCACUUCACAAAACAUCGGCAACAACCUCUACACAAACUGCACCGAUCUACCAACACUCAACGCAUCUCUCUACUACAACCACAUCGCCAAAACCUCCUCAAUCUCCAUCGCCUUCGUCGCGCCUCCAUCUAAACCGGACGGCUGGAUCGCCUGGGCGAUCAACCCGACGCAAACCGGCAUGGCCGGUUCACAAGCUUUAAUCGCGUUUAAAAACUCUAAUGGAACAAUGAAUGUGAAGACGUAUAAUAUUAGUUCGUAUUCAUCGAUCGUUGAAGGUAAAAUUGCGUUUGAAGUUUCGGAGGCUAGAGCGGAGUAUAGCGCCGGAUCUAUGAAGAUCUACGCGACGGUGAAGUUGCCGGAGACGAUGACGGAGGUGAAUCAUGUCUGGCAGGUUGGUGGUGCGGUUGUGGAUGGUGUGCCGGUGAAGCAUGAGUUUCAGCCGGAGAAUUUGAGUGCGAAGGGGAAGUUGCGGUUGCGUGUGGCGGAGGUGAGUGGUGGUGGUGGUAGUCCUGCUGGUGCUCCGGGCAUCAGCCCUAACCCUAACCCUAACCCUAGCUCUGGUUCUGGUACUGGUUCGGGUUCUGGUUAUAAGAAGAGUCGGUAUCUGGAUGAUGCUGUAAGGGAGGUGAAGGAUUUGGGUCUUAUUCGUGACAAAAUGUUAUGUGUGAGCAGCGGUUUUACCACAAUGGGUUCUCGAGCAGUGAGUUUUUCUUGA